UGAUAUAGCAAAAGAACUCCGAACGUCUCCGAUCACAAACCGAAAAAUCCCGAACAAAAAAUAACAAAAAUUUGUAAGAUUUUUUGGUUCAAAGUACAAAGUGUUCGAAAAUCUUUUUUUAAAAGAAUCCAAGCAUUAAAAUGGUCGAAAACAGCAAAGUAUUUGCCAAAUUUCCACCUGGACCUUUGGAUGUGUACAGAAAACAAGCAUCUUUUGAUUGGUACGACAUGAAACGAUUUAUAGAAGGCGAUGAAAUCUUGGAGACGAAGGAAAAGAUUUGGAGCGUUAUGGCCAAAGAUCCAGUGUUUUUAGAGACAACGCAAGGUCUGACCAUGGAGGGAAAGCGACGAGUGACAUUUCUGAGGGUUAAAAGACUUGUGGAGUAUGAUUUUUUGGGCGAGGUCGGGGAGAAUCCAUUGAAUUUACAUGCUAUAACAGAUGCGUUUGGCUCGCUUAACUGGGGAUUGCUUGCAAAAUUUCAAUUGCAUAAUCAGAUGUUUACGUUUAAUUUAAAAUCAGCCAGUCAGCAUCCAAUGAUCCAAUCUUUGGUAGAAAAAUGUGAAAAUUUAGAGGUUUUUGGCUGUUUUGCCCUAACGGAAUUGAGUCACGGUAGUAACACAAAAGCUAUGAGAACAGUUGCUGUUUAUGACCCGAAAACACAGAAAUUUAUUUUAAAUACACCGGACCACGAAGCGACGAAAUGGUGGGUGGGGAACCUGGGUAAGACCGCCACCCAUGCCUUGGUAUACGCUCAACUCUACACUCCAGAUGGCAUGUGUCAUGGUCUUCACAUGUUCUGUGUGGAAGUGCGUAACCCUGAUCUCACAGCUAGACCUGGAGUGCUCGUGGGGGAUAUUGGGCAGAAACUGGGACAGAAUGAGUUGGAUAAUGGAUUUGUAGCAUUUAAAAACGUGUCCAUCCCAAGGGAGUUUUUAUUAAGCAAGCAUUCUCAAGUCACACCAGAUGGUCGCUAUGUCUCCACGAUUAAAGACCCUAGGAAAAGAUUCGCUGCAUCACUAGGAGCUCUCUCACACGGCAGAGUUGGCAUUACUGAGAUGAGUGUUGUUAAUUUAAGGUUAUGUCUGACGAUAGCAAUAAGGUAUUCAGCAGUUAGACGUCAGUUUGGACCACCUGGACAAGACGAGAUCCCUGUUUUGGAAUAUCAAAUGCAGCAAUGGAGGUUAAUUCCACUCCUGGCUGCAACGUACGCCUUGCAGCAAUUUUCUAAAACGUUAUUUCAAGAUAUGCCGCUUCAAGUUGGCUUAAUCCUCGGUGAAUCCGACACGAAUCAGGCUGAUUUAGGUCGUGAACUUCACGCUCUAUCGUGUUCGUCCAAACCUAUUGCCGCGUGGACAGCACGUGAUGCCAUCCAGGAGUGUCGCGAGGCGUGUGGCGGUCAUGGAUAUUUAGCUGUCAACAGGCUUGGUGAACUCAGAGAUGACAAUGAUCCUAAUUGUACCUACGAAGGUGACAAUAAUCUGCUGCUGGGGCAAACAAGCAACUUCUUGCUUUCAAAACUGGACGAAAUAAAAAAAGGAGAAAAAGUCAACUCGCCUACAGGUUGUGUCGAGUUUCUGAAUCAUAUGGAAGAGAUAUUGGAAAACAAGUUUCAUGCACACGCGAUAAAAGAUUUCAAAAGUUUUGAUGUUAUUUUGCAAGCAUUCAGUUGGCUGGUUUGUUACUUAUUAAAACAAAGCGAUAAAAAGAUUCAAAGCGAAUUGAAUAGCGGCAAGGAAACGUUUUCAGCAAAAAAUGACAGUCAAGCGUUUUUCUGUCGCUCGUUGGCAUUGGCGUUCAUCCAGAAAACAGUUAUGGACAGAUUUCAUGCGUUUGUUCACGACCCUGAUACUCCAACGAAUUUUCGCGCCAUUUUAGCAAAGUUGGAAAUCUUGUAUGGUUUGUGGAUUUUGGAAAAACAUUUAGGAACUUUUUACGAAGGUGGCUUCUUCAAUCAAGGAAGUCAUGUCGGAAUGAUUCGUAAAUCAAUCGUGGAUCUUUGUGACGAGAUUAAACCAGAAUCAGUCUCAUUAGUGGAUGCUCUGGCACCCCCAGACUUUAUUCUGAACUCCCCAAUUGGCCAUAGUAAUGGAAAGGCCCUGGAAAAUCUAUACGACGCGGUUCUGAAGGACCCGAAGAACACACAACGCCCUUCGUGGUGGAAAGACUUCAAGGAGAAGCCCACGAAAGGGUCUCUUCGCAUAGGAAGCAAGUUAUAAUUAAUGUGCAGCAAGAACUACCAUGGAUAGACAUAUAACCGAAUAUUCAGAUAUAGAUAGACAAUAACCGAAAUUCAAAUAUUUAUGGCUUUCCAAAGGCUUUAAUCACCCCAUAAUACGAAACUCAAAAAUGAAAGACAAUACUGUGAUGAAAAUUUGAGAGCGAGCUAUCAGGCUUUCGCGCCAAUGCAGACUGUUUUCUAUUUAUGAUUACCAAAUCUGGCAGCCGAAUUAAUUUAUUUCAGAAUAAUUUCAUUGAAUAAAUUAUAGAGGGGGGGGGUUAAUAAUAAGCUCCCCCCCGGUUCCGACAGUCUGAACAACAGAAGCUUUCAAAACCUAUUUAGUCAUGCAUCUUCACAGAUGCAAAUUCGAUUCUACUGUGACCAUUCAACAUGGCCACCAAUUGGGUUCAUUUAUUCCUAGCAAACGCGUAACCAAGUCUCGUUAUUUUCAGUCAGUCCUCGCUUUUGCGAUUUUGUCACUGUUUUGUUUACGAUUUGCUACGUUCGUCAGAGCUUUCCUCGUGUACUUAAAUCGUUGAACAAGAUUACAAGAACACGAUACAGCUCCUAAGAAUCGCAUGUUUACCUCGUUUACCGGCGUUGCUAUCAAGUUAAACCAUAGGUUAAACUAACCAACGGAACUGAUAAUUAUUAAACUACAUUACAAACUUACCGCAAAUCGAUGUUACCAACAGAUUGUACCAUAAUUGAGCACCAUAAAACGGAGCUUUUUACGCCUUUCCUACGAAGAACGUCGUUUUAAUGUAAAGCACGAUGCAUUAUGAUGAAUAAACAUUAAA